AGCGAAGAAAGGAAAAGCUGGACUUGGACUGGGAGCUUCUUCUUCGCAUAAAAGACUCUUCUGCGGGCGAGGCGGCCAAAGAAAGGUGCCUGCCUGCCUGCCAUUUCGCUUCUUCUUUCUUCUUCCUUCCCCAGAUCACCGGAGGAGAAAGGAACAGAGCUGUGCUGCUGUGCCUGUGAAGGAAGAAGAGAUGAGGUGGACGGCGUUCGUGUGGGACGGCGCGACCAGGGCAAUGAAGCACCGCCCCACCUUCACCAACCUCGUCCUCGUCCUCGCCGCAAGUAGCGGAGGAGGCCUCGUUGCGUAUGCGGACUCUCAGUCGGAUGGUGUUGUUGACAUGCCCCAAGGACCUAAGAAGAAGAAAGUUGUGGUUCUUGGGACUGGGUGGGGUGGCACCACGUUCCUGAGGAAUCUUGAUAGCAAACUGUAUGAUGUCCAGGUCAUUUCACCUCGGAACUACUUUGCAUUCACACCCUUGCUCCCAAGUGUCACCUGUGGAACAGUUGAGCCAAGGAGCGUUGUUGAGCCAAUCCGCAGGAUCUUGGAGAAGAAAGGUGGAGACUUCAAAUUCUGGGAAGCAGAGUGCUUCAAGAUUGAUCCAGCAAACAAGAAGAUCCAUUGCCGCUCAAAUGCUGGGACAAAUCUUGAUGGAAAUGGCGAGUUCUUAGUUGACUAUGACUAUCUAGUGGUAGCAGUUGGAGCCAGGUCUAACACAUUCAAUACUCCGGGUGUUGAGGAGAAUUGCCACUUUCUGAAGGAAGUUGAGGAUGCCCAAAAGAUACGAAGGAGUGUGAUGAACUGCUUUGAGAAGGCAAGCCUCCCAUACCUCAAUGAGGAAGAGAAAAAGAAGAAUCUUCACUUCGUUAUUGUGGGCGGUGGCCCUACAGGUGUAGAAUUCGCAGCAGAGUUGCAUGAUUUUGUUACUGAAGAUCUAUCCAAGCUAUAUCCUUCCAUUCAGCACCUUGUGAAAAUAUCAUUGAUCGAAGCUGCAGAUCACAUACUGACUAUGUUUGACAAGAGAAUAACCAACUUUGCUGAGGAUAAGUUUGGAAGGAAUGGCAUUGAUGUGAAAACUGGAUAUAAAGUUGUGAAGGUUUCGAAGGAUGCAAUUACUAUGCAAAAUCCAGCUACUGGGGAUAUUGCAGUUCCUUAUGGAAUGGCUGUCUGGUCCACUGGUAUUGGAACCCGUCCAUUCAUUGUGGACUUCAUGAAACAGAUUGGCCAGGCUAAUCGUCGUGUCCUGGCUACUGAUGAAUGGCUAAGGGUGCGUGAAUGUGAUGAUAUCUACGCAGUAGGUGAUUGCGCUACCAUAAACCAGCGGAGAGUAAUGGAAGACAUCGCAGAAAUAUUCAGAGUUGCAGACAAAGAUAAAUCUGGAACCUUGACUGUGAAAGAAAUUCAAGAUAUCUUGGAGGAUAUCUAUGUGAGAUAUCCACAAGUAAAGCUAUACAUGAAGAGCAAACAAAUGAAUGGAAUUGCUGAUUUGAUAAGCACUGGCGAAGGUGAUACCAAAAAGGAAAAUGUAGAGCUGAACAUUGAAGAGUUCAAGAAGGCUCUUUCACUUGUGGAUUCACAAGUCAAGAAUCUACCGGCAACAGCUCAGGUUGCUGCACAGCAAGGACAAUACCUUGCUAGGUGUUUCAACAAGAUGCCAGAUGCUGAAGAAAAUCCUGAAGGUCCAAUCCGCAUAAGGGGAGAAGGCCGUCAUCGCUUCCGUCCCUUCAGGUACAGACAUUUAGGCCAGUUUGCCCCACUAGGAGGGGAACAAACGGCUGCACAGCUCCCUGGAGAUUGGAUCUCCAUUGGCCAUAGCUCACAGUGGCUCUGGUAUUCUGUUUAUGCAACCAAACAGAUAAGCUGGCGCACGAGGGCGCUGGUGAUAUCUGACUGGGGCCGUCGCUUUAUCUUCGGCAGAGACUCGAGUUGCAUAUAGUCAAGGAGAUAAGAUUUUGUUCGUGACAUAUUCAGAAGCUAAGACCAGCAGUGGUGCCUCUCACUUAGUCUGUUUUUGCAGAUACAUAUGUUCUUUUCUUUUGUCAGGGGAAAGAAUAAAAGUAACCCUGCACUUCCCUAGUGCUCCACGGAGAAAAUUCCCCUGUACUUUUCACUCUUAUGAGAUUUACUUUUGCGGCAUGCGCAAACUUGCAGAUUAAUUUUGUAGUUCCUUUACGAAAUGAUAAAGCAAAAGGGCCAGUUCGGACCUGAUUUUGUUCUGAGAAACCUUGUUUAUGUGAACACCUGAUUCUGUCAUGUGAAAUGAUGUUUGUGUUGGAACCUGA